UUAUUUUCUUUUAUAAUAUCGUAAGAUAAAAAAAACGUCAUUUUUAUGUACCACUUAUGUCUGCUAAAGAUUUAAAAAAAGCAGUUGUAAUAUAUUGUAAACUUAUAUGUUAUACAUCAAUGUAAACAUAUAGCCCACGGCAAUAAUUACAAAGUAUAGAAUAUGAUUUGUUUUGAAUUGAAGCUGUUUUAUUAUUAUACGAUUAAGUGUGAAAAUAAUAUUGAAAAUAUAGUCUAGUGUAUUAGCCAUGUGCUAGUUAUCUUUGACUGACUAAUUUCACACAACGAACAUCUUAUAAAUAAUAAGAUUUUGAAAACAAACUAAAAAUAUUUAUGUACACUUACUUUUGGCGGGAACGCGUAGAGUUAGUUGUGUGAUUUGUUUUAUUUUGUCUAUUUAGUGUUUCUUCAAAAGGCAGGAACCCGACCCGUUGGACGGACCAGAUUCGUGCAGCCCUUGAUACCACAGUGCACGAUGCUCUGCCAGAUAGGAACAGAUGGCGGUGCAUUAUAAAAAAACAAACUGUUUCAAGGCCAUAACUACGACCCUCAGUAAUGAAGAAACCGACGCAAGGAGAAGAGUAUUUCUUCAGGUUUAAAUGUGUAAUAACGGUGGUUUAUUAACUAUUUAGUAUCCGUGAAAGUGCACAAAUGUGGGAAAAUGAAAUAAAGCCGCUGAACGUUACUUCUAGGGAUCCUCCAAAAAGUCCACUGAAAAAGUCUCAGUAAAUGACCACCAUUUUACUGAGAUUACAUUUCAUCACAUAUUAUCUCAUCUCAUUCCAUUUCAUUUUGUUUUCAUUUCAUUUCAUAUCGUUUUCAUUUCAUUUCAUAUCGUUUUCAUUUCAUUUCAUAUCGUUUUCAUUUCUAUCAUUUUUCAUAUAAAUUUUUUUCAUUAAAAUUAAAAUAGGAGAUGUAUGGAAAUGUAGUGCAAGGUAAAGGGGGAAGAGGUCGACCGAAGAAGACAUGGAUGGAGUGUGUGAAUGACGAUAUGAGAGAGAGAGGAGUGAGUGUUGAGAUGACGGCUGAUAGAAGAGAAUGGAAGAGAAAAAUUAGCUGUGCCGACCUCACUUGGUGGGAUAAAGUGGAGAAAAAGAAGAAAAUUAAAAUAAGACUUGACCUAAAGGUCUUAGUUACCAGGUCAUAAAAUCCCUUAAAAAUGGUAAAUAGGAAAUUCAAAUUACUACUUCACUGAAUUACUUAGGUUCUAUAAAUACCAUAAAUAAAUAAUAACUAAUACCGUACGGUACUAAAAAAGAAUUCUAUGGUGUACAAGGGUGUACUUAAUACCUAACUUAGUUGACAAAAAAUUGAAACUAGCAAAAGGUUCAAUCAUUUUCGGUCAGUGUAAAUUGGUGUAAAUUAUUUAUUGUAAUUGCUUUAUACCGUUUAGUUACGUUUAGUUCAGAAUGACGACUUUGGAUGACAAGAUUCUAGGAGAGAAAGUACACAAUUACUGCAGUAGCAGCGAAGAUGACGGGUCUGAUGAUGAGGAUAGUAGAAGUGGCGAUGAAGAAGGAAAUAUGCCGAAUAAAGAAAUAAAAAAUGCCGAGCUGCCUCCCAUCAAUAGUUGGAACGGGUCUGCCACGAAUACUGGACCUAAAGGAGUUAUAGAAGACUGGCGGCGCUUUAAACAGUUAGAAGCGGAAAAUCGUGCUGAAUUAGAAAAAGAACGUAUUGCAUUGUCCAAAAAACUGACACUUUCAGUCAAAACAGAACGCGAAGAAGCUCAGGAUAAAAAAAUUGAAGAAAUUGAAGAUGAAUUUAAUGAGCUGAUUGAUGAAGAAUUUCUCCAACAAUAUCAAAAGCAAAGACUACAAGAGUUGAUGGCACAGUUGGAAAAAGUUCCUAAAUUUGGAAAAGUUGUCACGUUGAAUAGUAGAGUGGAGUUUUUAGAUGCUAUAGAUAAGGAAGACAAAAAAGUCACUGUGAUAAUCCAUAUUUACAAUAAUGUCACUAUUGCAUGUGAAACAAUGGAUGGAUGCUUAAACAUUCUUGCUUCAGACUAUCCUGCUGUAAAAUUCUGUCGCAUAUCAGCAGAUAUUACAGGUUUGAGCAGACAUUUUCGUGUUGAUGGUGUACCUGCUCUGUUGGUUUAUAAAGAAGGACAGAUUAUUGGGAAUUUCGUAAAGAUGAGUAAUGAAUUGGGCAAUGAUUUCUUUGCAUCAGAUGUUGAGAGAUAUCUAAUAGAAUAUGGGAUGUUGCCUGAGAAAUAGGUUAAUACAUGUUAGUAAUUAUUUAUAUGUUGUGAGUAUUUUCUACAUAAGCUAUAAUUUGUAAUAUUUACUAGAUACUACUACUAAAUUUUCUGAUAGAUAAUUAGAUCCCCAAUAUUGAGCUUUAAAGUUUUUAAGAUUUAAACUUCAAUUGUAAGUUUUAUGAGUGAUAGGGUGUUCCGUGUAACUAUAUGUACCUACAUGGUAUGAAUUAGUAUGGUCAGGAAAAUAUCACUAUUUUAUUCCACUAUUUCAGUCUAAUCUGUUCCACUAUUUCAUUCUGUUCUAUUCUCUAUUUACUAAUCAUGUAACUACAUAUAUUUUAAACAUUAGCUAUAUGACUAUUUCAGAGCAUAAAAUUAUUGAUACAAAGCUUGAACAAGGAAACAUGUCACAAAUAAAUAUCCUGUGCUGCGAUUUUAUAUAUAAAUCCUAUUUUAAGAUCAAUCAAUUUUAAUUUAACUAAUUCUUCUUAAUUAGCAAGUGUAAAUAAGCUAGAAAUACUAAUGAGUGAUAGUAAUAAAUGAGAGAUGCACUUUUCACCAAUAGCUUGUUGACUUAUUUGUUUUGUAUCAAUAUGAGUUUAUUAGAUACCUACUCUCCUCCCUCUCCUAAAUCAUGAUUUAGUCUGUUUGGGUCAACUGGUCAGCACCAAAAUGCUGGUGAACUUUUUAGAGAACUUAACAUGAUGCCCUGGACCAAUCCACUUAAACCAAACUUUUAAAAAACAGUUUGAAACCUUCAAUAGAAGAUAAAAACUAUCUAUCUGUCAACAAUCUAUCAUCAUCAUCAUUAUCCUGCCCUUUCCCAAUUAUCUGGAGUCGGCGCAACAUGUUUUCUCCUACCAUACUCUUCUAUCAUAUACCAUUUCUUCGCUCACUCCCCUCUUACCCAUAUUGUCUUUCACACAAUCCAUCCAUUUCUUCUUAGGUCUACCUCUUCCUCUAUAUCCUUCCACAUUCAUAGUUAACACUCUCUUAUCAACCCUGCGCCAUUUUGAGAAGGCGGCACGACAUGAGAACCCUCUCAUCGUAGCCGCUGGAAACUACAUACCCGACCCAGUAGACCGAAUGGUAAACCGUCGACGUCGCCCAAAGCACGUCAUUACGGAUCCUCCUGAUCCAUUAACGGUGCUUUUAGGCACCACAAGCACCGGUCACCGUCCUCGUCGAACCUGUCGCUUACGACGAAGGGCUCGACGAGCGAAUUAACCCACAGACACAGCCCACUGAGUUUCUCGCCGGAUCUUCUCAGUGGGUCGCGUUUCCGAUCCGGUGGUAGAUUCUGCGAAGCACUGCUCUUGCUAGGGUCAGUGUUAGCAACUCUCUGGUUGAGCCCCGUGAGCUCACCUACAAACGUUAGGGCGAAGCUGAAAUAGCCUCUCAAGGCUAUCAGCAUAGGUAGGAAAAAAAAAAAACACCAACCUCAUUUUCAUUUCGUCUCAUCACAUGCCCAUACCAUCCCAAACGCGCACUCCUCAGCUUCUCUGUCACAGGUCUGUCAACAAUCUAAUCUGAAUCUAAAUAAUUUUUUUUUUAUAUUAAUUAUAUAAAAAUUAUCAGUAUUUUAAUCUGUAUGGUUUGUUGGUUUAAAAUGUUUAAAAUUUUCAAGAAAGUUACAUUCAUUGUUUGUGUUGAUUAAUAAUAAUGAAAUUACGAGCUUUAAUUUUUAAUAAAGAUUUAAAUGUGUGGUA